GGUUACAGACUUGGAUUCCUUUCCCGCACAUUCUCUUUCAUUCUCUCUCUCUCUCCAAUUCUCCAUCACCCUCUUCCGUGACAUUUCUGCGAUAAUUUGGUGGUGGCGGUGGCGGUUGCCGUGUCCGUGGCAGUUGAUCGGUGGUUGUUGGUGGCGUCAGCCUCCGUCUAUGCUAAAAAAUUUGGUGUUAUUGUAUUUGUUAUAGGAGUAGUAGGAAGUGAUCGAUAAGGAUGGCGUACAGAAGGAGGCAAGGGAUGAGCAAGUCGUCAACGUUCAAGGAGGAGAGCUUUUUCCGUCCGCCUCCCGCUGAUGAUGAUUCCUUAUCUUCUUCUUCUUCUCUUGCCGCUCAGGCUAUUAAAGCCUCUGCCGCUCAUCGGGACUCUUCUCUCUCCUCCGCUUAUGCCGAUUCCGCUUUUCCCCAUCCUCAUCCUUCUCAGGCUGCUGCUUCCUAUGAAUAUACAUCACUGUCAAGUUCCAAUGAAGCAGGUGGUUUUUGGGGUGUUCUGGCUAGAAAAGCUAAAGCAAUUCUUGACGAUGACAAUAUUUCCCAGCAAUUCGAAGCUCCAGCCAGCAGCACCCUUAAAGAAACCCAGUAUUAUCAGCAAUAUCAGAACCCAAAUGUUUCCAGAAAAGUGGACAAUCCUAAACUGCGUAAGGGCCUGGAUGCACUCACAUCAUCUUUGAACCACAUUGGUGAUACCAUCGGGAAUGCAUUGGAGGAGGGACGUACAAUUGUUGAGAACAAGACUGCUGAUAUUAUUCAAGAGACGCGCAAACUGCAGAUCAGGAGAAAAGGUACCAACUUUGAGGAACAAAAUCAUGUUUCUAGUCUACAUAGCGCAUGGCAGCAAUCCUCAAGGCAAACGACUCAGCCACAUACACAAACCAAUCAUGAAGAUCAACUAAAGGCAUCUCGUGAUGUGGCAAUGGCAACUGCUGCCAAAGCCAAGCUUCUUUUACGAGAGUUGAAAACUGUUAAAGCAGAUCUUGCUUUCGCAAAACUAAGGUGUUCUCAGCUGGAAGAAGAAAAUAAAGUCCUUCGAGAGUCUUGUGAAAAGGGAGACAAUCCUGCAGAUGAUGACAUGAUACGCCUUCAACUUGAGACACUAUUAGCAGAGAAGGCUCGUCUAGCACAUGAGAAUUCCGUGUAUGCUCGUGAGAAUCGCUUCUUAAGAGAGAUUGUGGAGUACCACCAAUUAACCAUGCAAGAUAUUGUGUAUCUGGAUGAGGGCAUAGAAGAAGUAACAGAAGUGUAUCCUAUACCUGCCGUCUCAAGGAUGCUUUCAACUUCCCCUCCAGCACCUGCAUCCCCAUGUACUCCCUCGGAAGUACCCUUAUCACGCAGCUCCUCAGUGACAGCUCUUGCUUCCAUUGCACCCCAAGUGGCAGCAGAUCAUGAAGCUCCACCAACUUCCAAUAUUCCAACUUCCACGGGGGAAGAUUUGAGAAGUCAAUGAUUGCUGCUGGAGAGCCAGUCCUGACUUUCUUUCAAGUUUUAAUAUUAGUGUAGUGCCAUACCACUUUUUCUUCGGUUUUUUUUAUUAAGUUGGGAAUUGAAGUGAACUGGUCCAAAAAAGUCUUUUGAUUGUUUUUUCCUUUUUUGUUUCUUCUUGAUUGUUUAAUUCUUUUCUUAUCCUGUAAGUUACGGAUGCGCUAUUUGUGGCGAAUUGGGAAGAAUUGGGCAAUGGUGUCCUUUUACUCUC